GGAAGUCGAAAGGGACAAAUCUUUCUAAUGUAGCUGUCGCAGAGAAGCUUUGCUAAUACUCUUCAUCUGAACAUGGCGGCUCAUCUGAAAAAGCGAGUUUACGAAGAGUUCUCCAAAGUUGUACAGAUCCAUCAAGAAGAAGCUCCAGCCAAGAAGCUGCGUCUGUCCAAACCCAGUAAAUCUGCAGCUUUGCACAUUGACCUUUGUAAGGCCACCAACUCCACGGAUGCCCUGCAGUACCUGCUGCAGUUUGCGCGCAAGCCUGUGGAGGUGGAAAGUGUGGAGGGUGUGGUCAGGAUCCUGUUGGAGCACUACUAUAAGGAGACGGAUAACUCUGUGAGACUGAAGAUCGCCUCUCUACUGGGUCUGCUCUCUAAAACACAGGGUUUCAGCCCCGACUGCAUCGUUGAUGACGCCAUUAACACACUCUGCAAUGAGAAGUCCCAUCAGGUCCUCGCGCAGCUGCUGGACACUUUGCUGGUCAUUGGUGCACAACUACCUGAUAGUGCUACAGUCAGACAGAGGCUUAUAGAUGUGGCCUGCAAGCACUUGUCCGAUACAUAUUUCGGGGUGAGGAACAAGUGUCUGCAGCUGCUUGGAUGUCUUGGCCUGGUAGACUCUACGCUGAACAAAGAGAGCGAUGGAGCGGGUGCAUCGAUAGUAAUGGUGAGAGACGUCCAGAGUAUCAUCAGUGACUACUUUGGAGACCAGGACCCCAGAGUCCGCACUGCAGCACUCAAAGCUAUGCUGCAGCUGCAUGAGAGAGGGAUGAAGAUUCAUCAGAUUAUUUAUGAACAGGCUUGCAGGCUGCUGUCAGAUGAUUACGAGCAGGUUCGCUCUGCAGCUGUGCAAAUGGUUUGGGUUCUGAGUCAGCUUUAUCCGGAAAGCAUUGUGCCCAUUCCAUCGUCCAAUGAAGAGAUCAGACUUGUUGAUGACGCUUUUGGGAAGAUCAGUCACAUGGUCAGUGAUGGCUCCUGGAUGGUUCGGGUACAGGCUGCCAAAACACUGGGUUCGAUGUUGCAGGUCAGUCCUCACUUUCUGGAGCAAACCUUGGAUAAAAAGCUGAUGUCAGAUCUCAGGAGGAAGCGAACAGCUCAUGAACGAGCCAAGGAGCUCUUUGCUUCUGGAGAGUUCUCCUCUGGCAGGAAGUGGGCUGAUGACGCCCCCAAAGAGAAACUGGACACAAACACUGUGAACCUCAUCGCUUCAGGGGCCUGUGGUGCUUUUGUUCACGGCCUUGAAGAUGAGAUGUUUGAGGUCCGUAUAGCAGCGGUGGAGGCGUUGUGCCAGCUGGCUCGGUCGUCUCCCAGCUUUGCUGAGAAAUGUCUGGACUUCCUGGUCGACAUGUUUAAUGAUGAGAUCGAAGAAGUGAGACUGCAGUCCAUCCAUGCUCUGAGAGAAAUCUCUAAGCAUAUCACACUCAGAGAGGACCAACUGGACACUGUGUUGGCUGUGUUAGAGGACUCGUCUCGUGACAUCAGAGAAGCUCUCCAUGAACUACUGUGUUUCACCAAUGUCUCCACUAAAGAGUGUAUCCAGCUCGCUCUGCUGGAGCUGCUGAAGAACCUCAACAAGUAUCCAACUGACCGCAACUCUGUCUGGAAGUGUUUAAAGUUUCUGGGUUCCCGCCACCCAACCCUGGUGUUGCCACUGGUUUCUGAACUCCUCAGCACACACCCUUAUUUUGACACACCAGAGCACGACAUGGACGACCCAGCCUAUAUUGCAGUGCUCGUGCUGGUGUUCAAUGCUGCUACGUCCUGUCCCACCAUGUCGGCGCUGUUCUCCGAUCACACCUUCAGACACUACGUGUACCUGAGGGACAGUCUGUCGCACCUUGUACCGCCCCUGAGAUUGCCAGGCAGGAAGCAGGUGUAUGGUCUGGACUCGGUGGACUCAGGCUGUGGUUCAGGUUCUGUGGAAUCAGCUCAGCUCUUCCUUCAACAGAGUCUGAAUAGGGUGAGCACCAUCCAAAAUCUGGAGGCACCUGGAGCUCAGGAACUGCUCAACUUCACCAUAAGAGACUUGCAGCGGCUUGGAGAACUGCAGACAGAACUGGCUGGAGCUGCUGAUUUCUGUGCUACAUACUUGCGCUGCCAGCUGCUGCUCAUGAAGGCUCUGCAGGAGAAGCUGUGGAAUAUGGCCGUCCCACUUUGCCUCAAGCAAAACGUCACAGCAGCAGCAGCAGCUCAAGAGAUCUUACAAGAAACAUACAAGCUGGAGUUUCUCUACAGUGGUCUGGAAAACAGACAGGUGGCCACGAUACAUCAUGUUCGACUCCAGGCCAAAGCCCUGCAGCUCGUCCUGACUGCCCGCACCAGGCAAGGGCUGGAUUCCCUCAUCAACAGCUGCGACAAGUUUUUACAGGAUAUUGAGUCUUUUCAAAGGUUAUUCCUGACGGAGCUUCCCCACCUUCAGGACAGUUUUGUGGAUAAGCUUUUGGAGCUGAUGCCCCGGCUGUCAUCCUGUAAACCAGCAGAGCUGGUGAAGAUUCUCCAGACGACGCUGAGACAGAGUGGACUGCUGCAGCUCAGACUUCCCGAACAGAUCCACCGGGCGACAGCCACCAUCAUAGAACCGACUGGGGAGUCUGACAAUCCGCUGAGGUUCACGUCCGGCCUGGUGGUGGCGCUGGACAUUGAUGCCACACUGGAGCAUGUCCAAGAUCCACAGAACAGUGUGAAAGUACAGGUUCUGUAUCCUGAUGGCCAGAGUCAUGUGAUCCAUCCCAAACCUGGAGACUUCAGAAAGCCUGGACCGCACAGACACAGACUCAUCACUCAGGUCUACCUCUCACAUGUCGCAUGGACAGAGCCGUCUCAGAUUGAAGUGCGCCUCCUGCUGGCCUACAGCUCCUCCUCUACCUCGCUCUCAUCCACAGCUUCCCAUCAGUGGUGGAGCGACAGCAUGGAUGGUGUCCCACAACCAGAAGCUGCUGUCGAGGGAACCAUUGAGUUGAGCAAACCAGUCAAAGUGUAUAUCAUGCCCAAACCUGCGAGACGCUAACAAAACCCAGAAGAGGAAAACUGGACAGUUGUGUCAUUAGGAAUCUUGAUUUGUUUUGAACUUUCGAAAGUCUUUCUUGUGACAACAAACAAAUGUGAUGAAUUUUAUUGUCUGUAUCAAACAAGCACACACACAUUUUCACCUAAUGAAAAAUUAUCUACAACAAAA